AUGUUACGGGCUAUCGACGCAGACCUCAAGCUCGCCGUCGAAGACGCCAUCGCCCUUUUCGCCCACCUCGCAAUCGCACUCCUCCAAUCCUUCCUCUCCUCCGCAUCAUCAAUCCCACGCCCGCCACCAUCAGCCGCCCAAGACGCCGCAUGCGCCUCUCUCGACGCGUUCGCGCGCGAUCUCCGCGAUAGCGCAGCGCGGUUAGGCAACAGGACAGCGGGCGUGCUGUUGGGCUAUGUGAAGGAACGUGUUUUCGAGGAGUAUGGUGCUUUCGUUGUGCUUGCUGGGAAGGAGGUUGGUGUGCAGGUUGCGGAGGUUGACGAUGUGAAAGAGGCGCUUGGGGCGGUUUGUGGUGAGGAUGAGGUGGUCGUGGCGAGUGGUAGUGGGGAUUCGAGAGGUGUAUCGGUGCCUCUCCCUCGCCCCGUGUUCCCCGUCGCGAUGCAUUUCCUCGAACGGCGAAGUCUUCCCGAGCCCUCCACCUCUCUCAGAACGACGGACCUCUCCAAGGCAGAGCCGAUGGCCAACUGGGCGGACAGGGAUGAUACCAAAUGCUUGCCAUCCGGCAUCCCUGAUCAUCCCUAA